AUGAGUUCAACUGUUUCAAAUCCCCAAGGAAUCCUGCAACCAGGUGGUUAUGGUGGCCAUGACCACCGCAGUAACAGCAAUUCUGGCUCUUUUGUGCGUCCAGAAUCUAAUGAAAUCGAUGAAGCAGAGUUGGUUUCUGUGUCUUGGAAUCAGGAUUCCAGUUGUUUUGCUGCUGGGACGAGUCAUGGUUUUCGUAUAUAUAACUGUGAACCUUUCAAAGAAACUUUCAGGCGUGAGCUGAAGAACKGGGGGUUUAAAAUCGUGGAGAUGCUUUUCCGAAGCAAUAUAUUGGCGCUUGUUGGUGGUGGACCUAACUCUCUGUACCCUUCAAACAAAGUACUAAUUUGGGAUGAUCAUCAGAGCCGUUGCAUCAGUGAAUUUUCAUUUAGGUCUGAAAUUCAUGCAGUGAAAUUAAGGAGGGAUCGGAUUGUUGUUGUUCUUGAACAUAAGGUAUACGUGUACAAUUUUAUGGACCUAAGACUUCUUCAUCAGAUUGAAACACAAGCAAAUCCAAGAGGAUUAUGUUGCCUUUCUCACUAUUCAAAUACAUCUGUGCUGGCUUGCCCUGGUCUUCUUCGAGGAGAGAUUCGAGUUGAACAUUUUGGGCUUAACAUGGUGCAAACCAUAAAUGCUCAUGAUUCCAGUAUUGCGUGCAUGACCUUGACACUGGAUGGUUUGUUGCUCGCUACUGCCAGUACAAAGGGCACUCUGAUUAGAAUCUUCAACACAAUGGAUGGAACUCGUUUGCAGGAGGUACGAAGAGGAGUGGACAGAGCAGAUAUUUAUAGCAUUGCGCUUUCACCAAAUGUGCAGUGGCUGGCUGUAUCAAGCGACAAGGGGACAGUUCACAUUUUCUCUCUUAGAGUUAGGGUAGUUGGGGAGGAUUCUCAUUCCACUGAAAGUGUAGCCCUCCUGACACAACAAACUUCUUAUAAUUCCCUGCAAGGCCUUGUUUCUCCGACCACUAGCACCAAUCCCGGUUCGUCAUUGUCGUUUAUGAGAGGUGUUCUACCAAAGUAUUUCAGCUCCGAAUGGUCAUUCGCACAAUUCCAUGUAUCAGAAGUCACACAAUUCUUUGCAGCAUUUGGCGCUCACAAUACUGUUGCUAUUAUUGGCAUGGAUGGAAGUUUUUACAGAUGCAGCUUUGAUCCCAUGAACGGAGGAGAGAUGGGGCAGCUAGAAUAUAUCCGCUUUCUGAAGAAGGACAAUUGCCUGAGAUAA